AUGGUGGAUUACUACCAAGCACUCAACGUCCCACAAACUGCCUCCUCAAAUGAUAUUAAAAAAGCGUACAGGAAAAAUGCAUUGAAAUGGCACCCGGAUAAGAACCCAGGGAACAAGGAACAUGCUGAAAGAAAAUUCAAGGAGAUAGCAGAAGCAUAUGAGGUGCUGUCAGAUGAUUAUAAACGUGACCUUUAUGAUCUCUAUGGAGUUGAGGGCCUUCUAAAUCUAAGUACAGGAACGGGAGCAUGCCCAAGCUCAACAGGGACCCCCGAUCUGUUCACGUUUCGAGAUGCGGAUGAGGUCUUCAGAGAAUUUUUUGAAGGACAAGAUCCCUUUACCGAAAUCCUUGAAGACUUUUCAUCCUAUACUGAUGCACCUGGAGGAGUAUCUACCUGGACCAUGCCAGGAAGUGCUACUUUCUCCUAUUGCUCCUAUAAUGCUCCAGGCCAGACAGAUUUCUAUACUACUUUUGGGCCUGGUGCUGAAUUGGGAAUAGGAUUUCGCUCCAUCUCCACUUCUACAAAAUAUGUCAAUGGCAAACGGAUAACCACCAAGAGGAUUCUUGAACACGGAGGGGAAAAAGUAGAAAUUGAUGAGAAUGGUUUGCUCAAAGUGGAAGAAACACAAGAUCCCUACAGCAACUUGACAGCCACAAUUGAACCUAUCCAGCAGGAGCAACCUGAGGUUUUGAGCUCUGCAGCAGACAUCUGGCCUCUACCACGAUCACAGAGUGCUGACUUCUCUUAUGCCUACCCUAGCAACGAAGACAAACAAUUGCAUCGGGCCAUGGCGUAUAGUCUGUCUGAAAUGGAGAAUGUGGGGCAGUACUUAGCACUUUCCCAGGGCUCCAAGAAGAGACGGGGUACCACUCGGCGAACACACUCAAGGAUCCUGGGACCCAGUGAAGAUGUGGCUUCUGCUCCAUUGGCCAUCAGAGCCAAGAGCCCAGGCGCAGGAGACAACAUUGAGAAACAGAGGAAACACAAGCCACCUGAAGUGCCAAAAGUGGAAAUCAUUGUUGAGGUACCAAAGAGCCCAGCAGUGGAAGACCAUGCUGCCCCUAAUGAGGUGCAGUAUGUCUUUCCUGAAAUUGUUCCUUCCCGCAGAGAGAGGGAAUCAAUCAUGUGCACCAUUCUCUGA